GUGACCAGGGUUAGUUUGCAAAGUGAAAGUGGUGGGUGGAGUUUGAGGAUUAAUCUCUGGUUUGAGUUCUCUACCUUCCCUCCUUUUAUAUUUCGGUCGGUCUCGAACCCCCCCUUGAAUGGAGCUACUGGAUGGCGUCUGGUUGCGCUCCACCCAAACUAGAGGAGUUCAUUCUCACAGAGAAACUGGGCAGUGGUACCUACGCCACUGUAUACAAAGCCUACAGAAAGGUGAACAGUCGUGAGGUCGUGGCCAUUAAGUGUGUGAGUAAAAAAAGUUUGAACAAAGCCUCGGUGGAGAACCUGCUGACUGAGAUCGAAAUCUUGAAGACGGUCAGGCAUCCUCAUAUUGUGCAGCUGAAGGAUUUUCAAUGGGACAGCGAGAACAUUUACCUGAUCAUGGAAUUCUGUGCUGGCGGCGAUCUCUCCCACUUCAUCCGCACUCGCAGGGUGCUUCCCGAAGGAGUGGCCAGGCGCUUUCUUCAGCAGCUGGCAUCAGCUCUCCAGUACCUCCACGAGCGAAACAUCUCUCACCUCGAUCUGAAACCACAGAACAUUCUGGUCAGUUCCCGGAGCACCCCUCACCUCAAACUUGCUGAUUUUGGCUUUGCUCAGCACAUGUCCCCUUGGGACGAGAAGCACGUUCUGCGUGGAUCCCCACUCUACAUGGCACCAGAGAUGGUGUGUCGCCAACAGUACGAUGCUCGUGUGGAUCUGUGGUCAGUGGGCGUCAUCCUGUACGAGACUUUGUUCGGACGCCCGCCCUUCGCAUCAAAAUCGUUCACUGAGCUGGAGGAGAAAAUCCGCAGCAACAAGGCCAUUGAGCUUCCGCCAGGCACCCGUGUCUCAAGAGAAUGCAGGGAUUUACUGCUCCGGCUGCUAGUGAGGGAUCCGGAACGGAGAAUAACCUUUGAGGAAUUCUUUACGCACCCGUUUGUGGACCUGGAUCACAUGCCGAGUGCAGAGAGCCUGGAGAAGGCGACUGCGUUGGUUGUGGAUGCUGUGAAGAAGGAUCAGUCGGGGGACCUGUCUUCUGCUCUCUCCCUCUAUUGCAAGUCACUGGAGUACUUUGUUCCUGCGCUGCACUAUGAAUCAGACCGACGACGGAAGGCAGCCAUCAGGUCAAAGGUAACUCAGUACCUCUCCAGGGCAGAGGAGUUGAAGUUAUUGGUUGCCAAGAGCAACAGGGCUAACUUUGAACAGGCCAAGUCAGCGAGAGAUAUACUGAAAGAAAUGUCCCAGGAUAAGCCGCGACUCCUGGCUGCAUUGGAAAUUGGUUCUGUUGCCAUCGCCAAGGACGAAGAAGGUGAUGAUUCGGAAGAAACUCUAGACCUUUAUCAACAGAGUCUCGGGGAACUCCUGCUCAUGUUGGCGAGUGAACCACAGGGCAGAAGACGAACGAUUUUACAUAAAGAGGUUCAGAACCUCAUGAGCCGAGCUGAAUACCUGAAGGAACAACUCAAGAUGAGAGAGACUCAGAAGGAGGCAGCUACUAUGGACCAGGAUCCUUUCUCGGAGUCCGUCAAAAGCAGUUGUUCACUCCAGUGAUCACAUGCAUCAAUUUCAUUUUGAUGCUGACACCUGGCUGCUGUCUUCCCUGGGCAAGGUCCAAGCACUUCUGGUCGUAACUCUGAGGAUAUUGAAUCACAAUCUCUUGACUGAAGCAAUGAUGACUACCACAAAUCAUAUCGGUACAAGAGUCUUUCUGGAAAACAGUUUUAUGCUUGCACUUUAGAAGAAAAUCGCAGAACUUGAAUAUUGCUGAACAGAGAGACACAUCAUCGAAGGUUUUCACCUUGCGGUCAUCAGGACGAGAGCAAGAAUGCCAAAUUUCAAACAAUCACAAGUUGAUAUUACAGGAGAAAAGGAUGCCCAUUGGUUGACAAGUCAAGUCCAGCUGAGGUGCUGCCCUCAAGAUAGCAACAAAGAACAGUAUGAUUCCCUGAAAUCCUGGCUGGUUCAGAAAGGUGCGAGGCUUGAACAUGUUCCUUUUGUUUGCAGAUAGUAGAUUCAUGCGAAUGAAUAUACAUCCCUAUUAGCAAGUGUAAAUGAGCCAUGUUAUGAGUCCGAUUAUCUUAAUUUGAUUGCCUAAGUUUGCUGUAAGAGUAGCUAUUAGCGUAUUCUGGAUCGCUCCGCAGCUGCCCCUCCAUGGAAUUACAUCUAACAGAGGUUCUGCAUUGUGUUUGGAGGUGGUGGCUGGCUGAGUUUGGUCUGUAUCUGCCUAUUAAAAAUGAAUGGAGCAUGCUGUUUGAUUCAAUCAGCUAAAUUGCUGGAACAUACAGCCCAUGAACCUGGCACUGGAACGCUACUUCGUCUCACGUCAUAUAAAUUAAUGAGAUAGUUGAAAUUUUGGCAUUCUUCCAUUUGUCCUGAUGAAAGCAAGAGGAACAGCUUUGGCGAUAAGUUGCUCUUUCCACAAUCACAGUCCAGGAUGUUUAACCUUUCAUGGGUACAACAUAAUAUUUGUGCUACUUGAGCAGUCCUGUUUAAUUUUGGCCUAGAUUAGACUGCUGAAUUUGGAAAUGAACUCCCUGCUGCUUUCUGGUCAUGGCUACUGUUAAUCAUUCUGUUUCGCCUUACAUAUGUGGGAUACUGGUAUCCAUUGAUUGGAUGCGGAAAUGCAGAUAUCAAGUAACCAUCCAGACAACAAGAUUAGCCAGUUUAGAAAAAGACAGAAUUUGCAAAUAGAUGGUACUGCACUAUAGACAUCCCAAACCUUUUUGCAACGCAAUACCUUUACGAAGUCUAACCAGAAUGGCUCCAACUGGCAUUAUUGACUAAAUUCUUUCUGACGCGUGAGAGAAUUUGCCAAACUUCCAAGAAGAAAUUCUAAAAGGUCCUUAAAGUUUUGUCCAGUUCCAGCAUUAGUUUCACUGUUUCUUGACAUUAUGCCUACUCUAAUGCUACAUUCUGAGCUUAACGUUGAUAACCUAUUUCAGUCUUGUAUGUUUUUCUCUGAGUACCAGGGUUCCCUGGAUGAUGAGGGGUAGUCCAGUGGCAUCCAUUCGAUUCCACACAUCCUGCCAUCCUCACACUCUGCACCCCCGCCCCAGUUAUUUAUUGAUUGAAAUUGCUUAUGUGUCCUGCCAACCCUUUUUGUGGGAGAGGGGUAGGGUUCAGUUUUGCCCUCCCUGCUGUAAUCCUGAGUAUACUGGUACCUGUAGGAAAGCUCCCUGGGAAUUGAUGGGAAUUCUGCUCCGAGAAGUUCUCGUGCUUUUGGAAUUUACCCAGUGACAGGCAGGAACUAAAAAAAAAACCUACUGGCCCUUCCAACCUAUCCCUCAUAAUCAGGGUAUCUCUUUAUAAACUCUCUCCACAUGCCUCCUGUACUCAUCUGGUGUCCUGGGAGAACUGAGAAAAACAUACAAUAUAUAAGAAAGGGGAAAGACAAUCUUGCAACACCCUUUUGAAGUGACCAUGAUGAGUGCAGCAGACCACGGGUCAUCGUUACCAGGUACCUACCUCCUGUGCAUACACAGCUGGAGCAUGAAGAGGAGGAGACCAUUCAGGCCUACCAGCCUGUACCAUCAUUCAAUUAGAUCACGGCUGCACUGGGAGCUUUUUAUUUUGAAAUGCAAUCUGAUAAGCUUCAUCAACAUAAUUUCCACCAUCCUGCCCACCGCCUCAGUCACCUAGAAAACACUCGCCUUACUCCACACCUGUUCAGGGGGGAGGGGAACAUAACAUAGGAGUAGGCGGCGACACUGUUUUAUCUGUUAAUCUGGCCAUUUCACUCCCCUCCUCCACAUUACCCAAGAAGCAAUCUUGGC